GACACGCAUUCUGCGCCCCUGCUAAUGUCAUCAUACCGGCGUCACGAGCUGCAGUAGCCCACCAUGGUCCAUCAUCAAACAUUCACUUACUUCCACCAAUGAACCGCGGCAGACAGCUGCCUGGACGGCAACUUAGAACAAUGCCAAUCAGAAACGGCACUAAUUUUGCAUUUCAUCAUAAAGAAUGAGUGAAUUUCAUGAGAUAGAACUCAGUGUUCGAGAAUACGAAAUGGAUCAGUAUGGAGUAGUGAGCAAUGCUGUGUUUGCAGAUUAUUGUCAUCUUGCUCGUCAUCAACUUAUCGAUAAGAUUGGCGUAAGUAUUGAUUGGCUUAUUCAGAGUGGUCGUGUUGUAGCACUGUCGGAAUUGUCUCUCAAAUAUCUUGGACCUCUGAGGAUUAGAGAUAGAUUUACCAUAAAAGUGAGGAUAUCGGAGUAUUCAGCAGCACGUAUGCACUUUGAAUUCUUCAUUACCAAGAUCCCGACCGAAGAGCCAAUUUUGGAGGCACGGUCAACUGUAGUUGUGCUUGACAAAAAUUAUCGUCCUGUUCGUAUUCCAUCAGAGGUGAAAUCCAAACUAGUCCAGUACAUUCGUCAUGAAGAGCCCAACUAAUGUAUCAGGUAUCGCGGUAUCACCAUUUUCUAGGGUGCAG